AUGUCUCAUCGACGCCUAGGUAUGCGCCAGUACACCAUUGACAAGUUCCUGGCCGUCGUGAAUUUUGCGAUGACGAAUUGCGUAGCGAGUAGACCGGAGAAUGCUCAGAUAAUAUUAGGCAAUAGGCAUGAAGUCCUGGACUCGUUCCAUGACGAGGCCUCUCAAAAAUACCGAGAUCCAAAGUUCCUGCACGUCUAUACACGUACAUCUGGCCAUCACCACAGGGUCAGCGGUGGAAAAGAAGUUAUUUUCGAUAUUCAGGCUGCACUGCGGACCGUCAGCACUCCUGAGAUGGCAAAAGAACUCACCAGGCGAGCAUUGAGAAGCAAAGUUGCACAGCUUUUGGUGCUUCCUGAGCAAGAUUUGCAGCCAGUUCGCUAA